GCCGCACAGCCGCAGCCUAGGGAUGCGGAGAUCGACGAAUGCGUGACCCAGAGCAAGCAAACCUAAAUACCCCAGCUAGCGAGCAGCAACGCACACCAAUCAACCCAGCCAUGAAGAGAGCCAUCCCCCUGUCGAAGGGCCAUCAGCAAUGGCGCUCGGAUCCCGUACGGAACAGCCAUCCACCGAUACCGAACCAUGCUCGGUCAUCCAACUUGAGCUUGAAGGGUCGACGAUUCUCGAAGCUUGGAAUGGCAACCAAACAACAAGGGCAAUGGAACAGCUUGCCAACUCGUAUGAAAGAGGUGCCGAUCCCUCAAACUUUUCGUUUCGAGCUCUCCCCGUAUACCACGGGACCGAUGCAUUGAGAGGGAUCCCCACCUUUGAAAUGCAAGCGACGGUCAGAUACGGGCUCCUCUACGGAUCGGUCGCGGCAAACCAAGUCGCCUCGCCCAGUCCAUGCCUCCCAGUUCUAUGGACGGGGUUUAGUCCGUUGCGUUGCUUCCUUUGGGCUGCAUUCAAAGGCGAUGUUUUGCAGCUGGUCCCGAAUGCGACAGUCGGGAACAAGCUGAAGAUGCCGUGGAAAUGCGGCGACCACGAGCAUGUCGGUAUAUUGGUAUUUAAAUUCCAGCCAGCGUUGCCGUCAGCACUGGGUGAGGCAAGCUAUAUUAUACCUCCAAGACUAGAGCAAGAAUGGUCAAGUCAACCUCAGGUUCUAGAGCGAGUAACUCGAAAGGGAGCAACUCCAGGUGAUUGUGGAGGCUAUUCGCGCCUAUUCACCACAAUACUCAACCAACCUGGCCCGAGACACUCCACUGUCGGGAGUAUGGCGCACAGAGGUCAAUGUUGUCACCAUAUAUCAAACAAUUCUGGAGAACGGUUUGGUUCGGCGCUGGGAUCACGACAUUGCGAGCUUCACAUCAAGCGACAUACUCGAUCUCUUUUACGCAGAGACCAGAAGCGCCACCGACCGACAAGGAUACUAAGGCCAAAAAGCACCGGACUUCGACUUAGAGGGCUGUGGGACGGAGCUUACGCAAGGUUGUUUCGUUGGCAAAUUUCAAGGAACAUAAAUAGAUGGCGACGAUAGGAGGGCGACGACAAGACUGUAAAUAGCCUCCAAGCUUUGCUAGCGAUCCACCCGAGGCAAUUGGCAGCCGUGGUUAGAGAAUUGGUCAACUUGGACGAAGUAGCCAGCUCCUCACUACCUGACCCAGUUGUCCAACUCGUCCUAGCGUCAUGGCUUGGACUUAGCCUCGGUGUA